CUAUCGCCGUCAAUAGCAGUGAAUGGGUAAUUGCAGUUUUUAGGCAGAAAUCCACAUCAGCGCAACAAUGAUUGAGUAUUAUGACAACCUGAAAAGUUUUGGUUACGCACAUGACCUGGCACCUCACAUCAAAGGACCACUCGAAAAAGGGGCGUGGCCUAGCGCCGGGGCGGAUAUAUAAUGGGACCUUUUUGCCUGCCAGUCAAAUAGCAGCGAAUCCAUCUGGAGGGUUAGGAAAAAAAAGCAAAAUAAAAAAGAAGACUCUGCAACUUUGAAAGUUUUUGGAGGAACUGUUGGAUUACUACUGAGGUCCAGUUUUAGUUUGAAUGUGAUUUAAUUUUUUUUAUUUUUGCACUGGAUUUGGACAUUUUUUAGACUUAGAAACUGUAUAUAUAUAUAUAUAUUUUUUUAUUAGUACUUAUAUGAUGUGGUUUUUCUGCAUUUCCAUUGGUUUUAUGGUCAGUCUAUGCGGCGCUUGGGAAGAGAGUACCGUAGUACCGGUCAGGUUAGACCCAAUGGCGAGUAACGCCGAACCGGGGCGAACCUUCUCCCCUGAAGAAAAGCAGAAGCUGUCCCAGAUGAGAGUCUACAAGCUGGACGUGUUUGGUCAAGAGAUGGUUUUGAAACUGGAACCCGAUCAUACUUUCCUGGCUCCGGGUUUCGUCUUCCAAGUUGUGGCCAGUCCUGAAUCCGAACCGAAUCGGGAGACCGAGAGCACGGACGAUUCCGGGUGUUUCUUCUCGGGGACGGUGAAUGGAGAAGAACACUCGGCCGCUGCGUUGAACCUGUGCCAGGGGUUGAGUGGUGGAUUUUACUUUAAAGGGGAAGAGUACAUGAUCAAACCCGGCAAGGGAAAUGACUUUGGGACGGAGGAGGGGGUUCACUUCAUCCGCCGGAGGGCUCGGGAAACGGCCGGGGACGGGAGCUCCAAGUGCGGGGUCAAUGAGGACGAGGAGAGGGUGCCGAGUAAUGGCGAGAAGAAGCCUGACGUCAAAGUAGAAUCGACUGGCCACCACAGGACCAGACGUUUCGUUUCCACUCCACGCUACUUGGAGAUCAUGCUAGUGGCCGACCAGUCCAUGGCCGAGUUCCACGGCGCAGGUCUGAAGGCUUACCUCCUUACCAUCAUGGCGGUGGCCUCCCGCCUCUACCGCCACCCGAGCAUCCACAACUCCAUCAGCCUGGCCGUGGUCAAGUUGAUGGUGGUCUACGAGGAAGAGCGAGGGCCUCAAGUGUCAUCCAACGCGGCCAUGACACUCCGCAACUUUUGUCAGUGGCAGCGGCAGCACAACCCCGCGAGCGAUCGCCACCCGGAGCACUACGACACAGCCAUGCUCUUCACCAGGACGGACCUGUGUGGUGCCCAUUCCUGUGACACUCUUGGAAUGGCUGAUGUCGGUACAGUUUGUGACCCAGAGAGAAGCUGCUCCAUCAUCGAAGACGAUGGACUGCAAGCUGCGUUCACUGUGGCGCAUGAACUAGGCCAUGUCUUCAACAUGCCUCACGAUGAUUCCCAGCUAUGCUCCGGGGUCAACGGCCCCCACUGGGGCUCCCACAUGAUGGCCUCCACCUUGUCCAACCUUGACCAGCAGCAGCCUUGGUCCCCCUGUUCCGCCCUCAUGGUCACCACGUUUCUGGACAAUGGCCACGGUCAGUGUCUGCUAGAUAAGCCAGCCAAGCCUCAAGCGCUCCCCCUGCCCCUUCCGGGGACGGUCUACGACGCAGACCAUCAGUGCCGGCUUACCUUCGGCGACGAUUCCCAACAUUGUCCUGACCUGAGCACCACUUGCGCCGCCCUGUGGUGCACCGUGACGACGUCCAACGGUUUGCUGGUGUGCCAGACCAAGAACUCUCCGUGGGCCGACGGAACGUCGUGCGGUCACGACAGUUACUGUCUGGCUGGACGCUGUCUCACCAAGAGUCAAGCUUCCAAACAUCAGACUCCCAUCAACGGCGGCUGGGGAGUGUGGGGUCCCUGGGGCGACUGCUCUCGCACGUGCGGGGGCGGAGUUCAGUACUCCUUCCGGUCAUGUGAUGACCCUUUACCCAAGAACGGAGGCAAGUACUGUGAGGGCAAGAGAAUCCAGUACCGUUCCUGUCACACGGAACCCUGCCCCGAUACCAACGGCUUGUCAUUCCGGGAGGAACAGUGUCUGGCUCACAAUGACAUGUCAGCUCAAGUGUCCCUGGGAUACGGCGAAGGUGUUGAGUGGGUGCCCAAAUAUGCUGGAGUUUCACCUAAAGACCGAUGCAAGCUGGUGUGCAGGGCCAAGGGAACGGGAUACUUCUUUGUCCUCAAAUCUAAGGUGGCAGAUGGAACACCAUGCAGCCCUGACUCCACCUCCGUUUGCGUUCAAGGCCAAUGUGUCAAAGCGGGAUGCGAUCGAGUUAUCGGCUCCAGCCGGCGAUACGAUAAGUGUGGCGUGUGCGGAGGGGACGGCUCUACCUGCAAGAAAGUAUCGGGUUCACUGGAACGUGCCAGGCCUGGGUACCAAGACGUGGUGACAAUACCAGCAGGUGCCACACAUCUUGAUGUCAAACAACGAGCCCCCGGCAACGGUCGUCACGACAACAGUUACCUGGCAGUGCGGCGCCAGGACGGUACCUACCUACUGAACGGCGAUUACAAGCUAAUGACCGUGGAGUCGGACAUCGCUCUGGGAGGGGCGCUCCUGCGCUACAGCGGUUCUUCUGCCGCUUUGGAGCGCAUCCGCAGCUUUUCCCCUCUCCCCGAGCCUAUCACCAUUCAGGUGCUGUCAGUGGGAGAAGCCCCCAGGCCCAGAGUCAAGUACAGCUACUUUGCUCCCAGACCUGACGACGCUGGGCGUCGGCGUUCCGUCAACGCAAUUCCAGAUCUGGGCGUCGCCGAGUGGACUCUGAUGGACUGGGGUCCGUGCUCCCGGACCUGCGGGGGCGGCACGCAACAGAGGGAAGUGCUGUGUCUGGAUCCCCGAGGCCGCCCGUCCCAGGACUGCCCGGAAGAGCUGCGACCUUUGGCCUCUCGACCCUGCGCCUCUCAAGCCUGCCCCUCCUGGCUUCUCGGAGAAUGGUCGGCGUGCUCCAAGACCUGCGGCCGAGGUUUCCGUAAACGCCAGCUUCGCUGCGCGGGCACCGACGGCCGCACGCUGAGCCACGACAGCUGCGACUCCAAAGACCGACCUCGACCCCUGCUGGAGCUGUGCUAUCGAGGGACCUGCUAAGGAGCGUUUUGGCAAUCUGACCUCGUUUUUUUUUUUUUUUUACAAAUUCAAGUCAACGGCCCGUGUCAACGACUGCAUCUGGACUUUCCGCGCACGCACACUGACUGCGUCACACACUCGGAGGGAAACAAAAAAGUCUGCCACCUGUCUUUGGAGUGCGGCGGUGGCGCGUGAAUCGGAAUGUGCUGUUUACAAAUCCAAUGUUAGUGUAUGAAAAUACGAUUUGCAAUUUAUAUAUUGUUUCUUACAUAGCCGCCCUUUUGCCAAGAAAAAAACGUCUUUUAUUACAUAUUCUGUACAUUAAACAUUACUCAAAUGUGGGUACAGAUUAGUAAAUUGUACCUAUGGGUUACCAAACUGUGGGUACAGAUUAUAUUUCAGUUUACUAAACUGUACACACAGUUCUGUAAUCGGUACCUACAUAUGCUAUGAGUACAUAUUACUAAACAUAUUAGUAAACUGUUUGUACAGUUUACUAAUCUGUACUCAAAGUUUAGUAAUAUGUACACAUAUUCAGAAAUAUGUGGGCACAGUUUUUAAUCUGUACCAGCAUACUGCUCAACAAUGGGUAUAGAUUACAAACCUGUAUCCACAGUUAACUCAUCUCUACCCAGAGAAUACUCAACUGUGGUACAGAUUAGUAAUCUGUACCCACAUUAAGAAAUAUGUGGGUACAGUUUACUAAUCUGUCCCCACAUAGUACUCAACAGUAGAUACAGAUUAGUAAACUGGUUAGAGAUUAUUAAUUGUACCCACAGUUACCUCAUCAGUACCUAGCGAAUACUCAACUGUGGUACAGAUUAGUCAUCUGUACCCACAUUAAGAAAUAUGUGAGUGCAGUUUACUAAUCUGUCCUCACAUACUACUCAACAAUAGAUACAUAUUAGUAAACUGGGUAGAGAUUAUUAAUUGUACCCACAUUUAAUUCAUCUGUACCCAAAGAAUACUCAACUGUGGUACAAAUUGGUAGUCUCUACCCACCUUAAGAAAUAUGUGGGUACAGUUUACUAAUCUGUCCCCACAUACCACUUAACAGUAGAUACAGAAUAGUAAACCGGGUAGAGAUAACUAAAUUUUACCUACAGUUUACUAACAGAAUCUAUACCCGAUGAAUACUCAACUGUGCACACAGAUUACUAAACUGUACCCACAUAUUACUCAACAGUGGGUAAAGAUUAGUAAACUGUACCCAUAUUUAGAAAUAAUGUAUGUGGGUACAGAUUACUAAAUUGUACCCACAUGUUACUAAAUUCUGAGAAUAGAUUGGUAAAGUGUGGUUACAUAAACCCUAACCCUAACCUAAUCUGUAACCAAAUUUUACUAAUCUGUGUCCACAUAUAACUCCAUUAUGAGUACAUAAUGAUAAACUGAACCCAAAGUUUAGUAAACUGUGGGUACAGAUUAGUAAACUAUAUCCACAUUUUGCUAAUCUGUACCCGGAGAAUACUCAACUGUAGGCACAGAUUACUAAACUGUACCCACAUAUUACUAAAUUUUGAGUAUAGAUUAGUCAAUUGUGGGUAAAGAUUACUAAUCUCGUCCCAUAGUUUACUCAUCUCUAUCCACAUAUAACUCAAUUUUGAUUACAGAUUAGUAAAUUGUACCCACAGGUUACCAAACUGUGUGUACAGAUUAGUAAACUACAGUAUAUGCACAUUUUACUAAUCUGUUCCCAGAGAAUACUCAGUUGUGGGUACAGAUGCCUACACUGCACCCACGGUUUAUUAAUCUGUUGUUACAGAUUACUAAACUGCAGUUACAAAUUACUUAAUUGUGGCUAUAUAUUACUAAACUGUGAGUUUAGUCAUUUGUCUCCAAAAUUCAGUAAUCUGUGGGUACAGAUUGACUCUACACACAGUUUACUAAUAUCUACCAACAAAUUAAAUUACAGGUGACUUAACUGUGAUUACAAAUUAGUUGACUGUACCCACAUUUUGCUGAUCUAAAACUACAGUAUAGUAAUCUGUGUGUACACGCUAUCAAAUUUUGGGUACAGGUUACUAAACCGUGGCUACAGAUUACCUAUUAAAAACAUUUUUUUCCCUACCGUGGCACUAGGUGGAGCUCUGUAAUUUGUCCUAGCUGGGCUGGACGUACUUUAAUGCUUGUGGAGAUGACUGUGGCGUAUAGAUAUACUGUAUAUAGAUACAGAAAAAAUGUUCAUAUUCUACUUAACUACCCCAUCAGGUAUGGAAAUGGAGAUUUAUUCUGAACUGUCAGUCAACAAUUAUUUAUCACAAACCUGUAGCACUUCACUUUUGUUUUGUUUUUCCCAGCGGCACAUUGUUAAACUCAUUUUUUUCUCUCUAUGUAUGUUGUCAUUUAGCCAUAUCUUGGAAACCAAAGAAUUGUGCAUGUGGAGACAGAGAAGUGGGACUUGUCUCCUUGCUACUACUUCAUAAGGAAGUCUCUCCUGCCUUCCGAGAAGGCAUUUUUUGUGCAGUUUUAUAGCCAAACAUUAUUUAUUUUUGUACAGCCUGUUAAAUGUAAUCAUGUGGCCCUUUUAAUAUUAUUUUUUAUUUGUUAUUGAGAUCACAGAAGGAAGUAGAAUAUGCAGAGUAUUUAUGCAAUGUUUUCUAUAUAUGUAUAUGGUUCUUCAUUGGUUCUUGAAUAAAAUAUUGACUCUGGUGAA